GACGGCGCUGAAAGAGUUAAAAUUCAAUGAGCAGGCCCUGCCUUUGAAAACACCCCCUUUCUAACGUCGAGCUAUUAGGCUGCUAGCCAUAUCCAGCGACCUUUCAGUUUGCUACUCAAGUUCUCUGAUCUUCGUGUGUAGAUCCAGAAAGGAUGGCGACUCUUAAAGCAUUUUGCAGAGCAGAGAGUUUACUCUUCAAAAACCUCGCAGUUCAUCGCAGAGCCCGUUUAAACUUCGCUAGCCACCAGCUCAGCAAGACUUGUGGUUGCUACUUUUCCACCUCUAGCCUGAGAGGUUCACAGUUCUACUCAAAUCCAACGGAGGCAGUAAAAGAUAUUCCUAAUGGAGCUACUAUUCUGGUUGGAGGCUUUGGGUUAUGUGGUAUACCCGAGAAUCUAAUCAACAGUUUGCUGAAGACUGGCGUAAAGGGUCUUACAGCAGUCAGUAAUAAUGCAGGAGUUGAUAAUUUUGGGCUGGGCCUGUUGCUGCAGACCAAGCAGAUCAAAAGGAUGAUUUCCUCGUAUGUUGGAGAGAAUGCAGAGUUUGAGAGGCAGUAUUUGUCAGGAGAGCUGGAAGUGGAGUUAACGCCACAGGGAACUCUUGCAGAGCGGAUCAGGGCAGGAGGCGCUGGGGUUCCAGCCUUCUUCACACCCACCGGCUAUGGCACUCUGAUCCAAGAAGGAGGCUCUCCUAUUAAGUACAACAAAGAUGGCAGCAUUGCUAUUGCUAGCGAGGAGAGAGAGGUGCGAGAGUUCAAUGGCAGGCACUAUAUAAUGGAAAAAGCCAUCACUGGGGAUUUUGCCCUGAUAAAGGCAUGGAAAGCUGACAAAGCAGGAAACAUCAUUUUUAGGAAGACAGCCAGAAACUUCAACCAACCCAUGUGCAAGGCAGCCAAAACCACUAUUGUUGAGGUUGAGGAGGUGGUAGAUGUUGGGAGGUUUGCCGCAGAAGACAUACACAUACCAAGUAUCUAUGUCCACAGGAUUGUUGAAGGAGCCAGCUACGAGAAAAGGAUUGAGAAACGCACUGUGAGAAAAGGCCAAGAAGAAAAGCCCAAACCAAAAAAGGAUUCAGACAUUGUUCGGGAAAGGAUCAUUCGCAGGGCAGCACUGGAAUUUGAAGAUGGGAUGUAUGCUAACCUUGGUAUUGGUAUCCCCAUGCUGGCCAGCAACUUCAUCAAACCAGAGAUCACUGUACACCUCCAAAGUGAAAAUGGACUUUUGGGACUGGGGCCCUACCCCACUGAGAGUGAUGUGGAUGCAGACCUGAUUAAUGCUGGGAAGGAGACUGUCACUGUACUCCCAGGGGCUGCCUAUUUUUCCAGUGAUGAGUCAUUUGCCAUGAUCCGAGGGGGUCACAUCAACCUGACAAUGCUGGGAGCCAUGCAGGUGUCAAAACAUGGAGAUCUAGCCAACUGGAUGAUCCCUGGGAAAAUGGUGAAGGGGAUGGGAGGAGCUAUGGAUUUAGUGGCAAGUGCUGGAACUAAGGUGGUGGUCACCAUGGAGCACUCGGCUAAGGGAGGAAAACACAAGAUAUUGGAAAAGUGCAGCCUGCCUUUGACAGGGAAGCAGUGCGUGGAUCGAAUCAUCACAGAAAAGGCUGUGUUUGAUGUUGAUAAGACAAAAGGUCUGACCCUGAUUGAAAUAUGGGAGGGACUGACUCCUGAGGACAUCAAGGCGUGCACUGGCACAGAUUUUGUGGUGUCUCCCAACCUGAGGCCCAUGCAGCAGAUUUAACGGUAUUUCGAGUGGAUAUGAAGAUGUUUUUGGUUUGUUAUUUACUCUGUCCUAAGCACCUGCCAAUAGAACAGGACGGGCUGUGUCAAAUAAGGUUAUAAAAUACACAUGCCGGGUUCAGCUCUCUGGUAAUGAAUGUGCAAAUAUUAGGAAUUACACAGCAUCACCAACUAAGAAGUAGGACUCAACUGGAGCCAACGUGCCUGAUUCUUAUCCUGGCACUGAGUGAAUAUUUCACUGUAUCCAUUUACAUCUGUGGAGUUGUCACCAAAACGCCCAUUUGAAAGGAUCUUGAUAUGAUUUGUAAGAGGACAAACAAAACAGCAUUUUUUAUCUUUAACAUAAUGGCUGCAUAGAAAUUUAAUUACAUUUACUGUAAGAUGAAAACUUGAUUCCAAUAGAAAAAUAUUAAAAAUUCAAUGCUAAAAGGUUUCAAAUUUUAUAUUUCUGGAUUUGUAAAUUUAUCCUUCAUCAGUUAGCAGAAGCUUUUUCUAUUACGCAUCCACAUCUUCAUUUUAUCCAUUUGGAAAAUGAGGGAAAGUGGGUCUCAUCGAGACAUAUUUGUAAUAACCACCUCUGCUGUGGAAUCAUUUCUUUUCUCUGUAAUUCAUGUAAUUCAAAUAGAAAAUAAACCUUAAUGUUUUUACAGAUAUCUAUUUGUACAUAAAAUGAAAUAAAACCUUGUGUGCAGAUUAAUACAAA